UAGAAGAAAAAUUUAAAAAGCAGUUGACUAGCGCAGUUUGAGAGCAUCUUCGUUGUUUUCUUUAGAUGAAUAGCUAAAAGCUUGGUCCUUCUUAAUAAAGUACUUUUUGUGGAAUUGGAUGAACCAUUUCCACAACAUCGGUUUGUAUUUGUCUGUGUCUCUUGCCUGCAAAUACAUGGAGAUAAAGAGGGACAGUCAUGGUUCAUGUUAAUUCCUUUUGUAGUCUAAAAACUGCGGAAAAUGCUAAAAACCCAUCUUUGCAAUUUGCGAACUCGUUUGUCUCGGUGACUGAAUCAUAAGUUACAGGAAUUAUGGGUUUGUUCCAAAUUAGAACCUUAUUUCUUUGCCUCCUCCUUGUACUCGAGACCUGCAUAGCCAGCAUUCAACAGUUUGGCCGGAUAUAUCCUGGGUACCAAGCGUCUCAGAUGGUAUAUAUUGAUAAUAAAGGUAUAUUUCUGAGGUCGAAUGAUAUGAAAUUUGCUUUGGGCUUCUAUACUAGUUUGGAUGUUACGUUGUUUCUACUAGUUAUCAUUCACAUGCCUAGUUCCAGAGUGGUCUGGACUGCUAAUAGGGGCUUCUUGGUUGGAAAUAGCGAUUGCUUUGUGUUUGGAAAAAAUGGGAACGUCUACUUGGAACAUGGAAAUGGUGUGGCUUGGUCCACAAACACUACAGGAGAAACAGCUAAAGCCAUGGAAUUGCAAGAUACAGGAAACUUGGUAUUGGUUGGGGGUGGUGGAAGAAUUCUAUGGCAGAGUUUUAGCCAUCCUACUGAUACCCUUUUGCCUGGUCAGGAAUUCUUGGACGGAAUGCAGCUCAAAAGUUUCCCCAACCGUCAUGGCUUGUCUCACUAUCUAGAUUCCAGGUCAGGUGAUUUGAUCUUGUCAGCAGGGUUUGAAACUCCACAACUUUAUUGGUCCAUAUCAAAGGACACCCGGAAAACCAAUAACAGCAUCAGCGGCAAGGUUCAUUCUGUUACUCUGGUGUUUACAUCCUGGAAUUUCUACGAUCAAAAUAAAACCUUACUUUGGCAAUUUGUCUUCUCCAAUAGUCCUGGAUGGAAUGCCUUCUGGGCUGCUGUUUUAGGCUCUGAUGGCUCCAUAUCAUUCUAUGAUCUUCAAAAGGGGAAGUCAGUUACUCCCGAGGCAAUAAAAAUACCGCCAAGUUCCUGCGGCACUCCAGAGCCUUGUGACCCAUACCAUGUGUGCUCUUUUGACAAUAGAUGCCAAUGCCCUUCACUUCUCAGAUCGAACUCUGAUUGCAAGCCUCAGAUUAACUCAAUGUGCAAUGGCUCCAAGAGUUCAGUAAAGCUUCUACACAUUGGCGAAGAGCUUAACUAUUUUGCACUGAACUUCGUUACACCUUUGAUGAAGCCCGAUCUAGAUGCUUGCAAAGAAGCAUGCCUAGGAAAUUGUUCUUGCCUCGUGCUGUUCUUUGAAAACUCUUCUGGGAGUUGUAUUCUAUUUGACCAGAUUGGAAGUUUGCAACGGUCUAAUAUGGGUUCUACUAGUUAUAGCACGUAUAUGAAGGUUUCAGGUGGUCUAGGUCCGGCAGUCGAAAAUAGAAGGAACUGGAAGAGCAUUCUUAUAAUCAUGGUCAUAGCUUUUGCAACUGUGACGAUUAUUAUUGGACUACUUUAUGCAGGAUACUGGUACCUCAAAAAGAAGAUAUCACCACGACAUCAUUUAAAUGAUUCGGAAGAGGAUGAUUUCUUGGACAAUCUUCCUGGGAUGCCUCUUCGUUUCAGUUAUAUUAAUCUUUCUAGAGCAACCCAAAACUUCUCUACAAAAAUUGGCCAAGGAGGGUUUGGGUCAGUCUACGUAGGUGUGCUCCCAGAUGGUACACAAGUGGCAGUGAAAAAGUUAGAGAGCACUGUUCAGGGGACGAAAGAGUUUAAAGCUGAAGUUACCACCAUCGGGAGUAUCCAUCAUGUGCAUCUGGUCAAGCUAAAAGGCUUUUGUGCUGAAGGGCCUCACCGGCUUCUUGUAUACGAGUACAUGGAAAAAGGGUCAUUAGAUAAAUGGAUCUUCAAUAAGAAUGAAGAGGGUCACUUAUUGGAUUGGGAUACGAGAUUUAAUAUUGCUUUGGGAACAGCAAAGGGUUUGGCUUAUCUCCAUGAGGAAUGUGAAGUGAAGAUUGUCCACUGUGAUAUUAAACCUGAAAAUGUUCUUCUUGACGAUAAUUUUGUUGCCAAAGUUUCAGAUUUUGGUAUGGCUAAGCUAAUGAACCGAGAACAGAGCAUUGUGUAUACAACGCUAAGGGGUACAAGAGGGUACCUUGCACCAGAAUGGAUUACCAACUUUGCCAUCUCAGAGAAGAGUGAUGUAUACAGUUAUGGCAUGGUCUUGCUUGAGAUUGUAGGAGGAAGGAAGAAUUAUGAUUCGGGAGAGAAUUCAGAGAAAGUCCAUUUUCCUUCUUAUGCGUUCAAGAUGUUGGAAGAGGGAAAAUUGAAAGAAAUCAUUGACACAGAGCUAGAGAUUGAUGAAAGAGACGAUAGGGUAGUCACUGCCAUCAAACUUGCUUUGUGGUGUAUCCAAGAUGAUAUGCAUCUGAGGCCACCAAUGACUAAAGUAGUCCAAAUUCUUGAAGGCUUUUGUGCUGUCCCUCCGCCUCCAACCACCUCUCAGUUAGGUUCACUAUCAGCUUUCUCUAGAUGGAGUAGUCAAGGGGCUACUUCAUCAGGAUUUGAUGAUUACUCCGGUGAUGUAGCCUCGUCAGAUGUUCGCUUAUCAGGACCAAGAUGAUGAUAGAACCAAAUAUCAUGUACGUUAGAAUGUUUCAUCUUAACCUCUAUGUAUCGUUGUCAUGAGUCAUCAAGUUUUAAAGUUCUGUAAUGGCCUCGUUUACAUCAAUAACUCGUUUUUACUAGAUCUCAAAUAUGCUCAUCUUUGUUUCUGACUA